AUGCCGUCUCUCGGGCGCCUGUUUACACUGGCGCUGUGGAUCGGUCUCCUGACCCCCAUCUACAUGUUCCUCGAGAAGAACUUGGAAAAGUUCUACAUCUUUGAUCACGAGCACCUGCACGACCUCUCCAAGCGCGCCAUCGCCACCCAUGGAAACGACACGCGCUCCGUCGUCAACUACAUUGUGACCGAGCUCAACGGCCUGCACCCCACCAACGUCAACCUGGAUGAGGAAUGGGUCUUUAACAACGCCGGUGGUGCCAUGGGCGCUAUGUACAUCAUUCACGCCAGCAUCACCGAGUACCUCAUCGUCUUCGGCACCGCCAUCGGAACCGAGGGCCACUCCGGCCGUCACACCGCCGACGACUACUUCAACAUCCUCUACGGCACCCAGCUCGCCUACGUCCCCGGCAAGUACGAGCCCGAAGUCUACCCCCAGGGCACCGUCCACCACCUCCACCGCGGCGACGUCAAGCAGUACAAGAUGGACGAGGGCUGCUUCGCGCUCGAGUACGCCCGCGGCUGGAUCCCGCCCAUGCUCUUCUUUGGCUUCGCCGACGGCCUGUCCAGCACCCUCGACUUCCCCACACUGUGGACGACGACCCGUAUCACCGGUCGCGAGAUGAUCUCCAACCUGCUCAAGGGCAAGUUCUAG